AUGGCGCUCACAUCGUCUCUUCUGGGCCACCACUGCCCUGAUAAGACGCAGCCCAAAGUCGCCGACUCCACAACGUCGUCGGCGGCCGAUCCAGUCAACGUUGCACACAAGGCGCAGCUGCGGACCGGAGGCGAUGAGGCAGACCGGGCGCGUGGCGUCGGUGAGGAAGGCGAAGAAGAAGAAGACUACCGCAAGCCGUUCCUCCAGCUCUUCAUCCUCAUCAACUGCCUGGGGUCGAGCGUGCUGGGAAUAAUCCAGGUGGGCUUCGAAGACUUGUCCUUUGCCGCGGCGGCCUCCGUCAUCCUCGGGCUGGCCACGGCCUUCCUCUUGUUCAUCUCCAUCUACCGUCCGCUCGCCUCUCCAUCUUCAACCUCUACGUCUUCAUCUUCUUCAUCAUCUUCGACGAAGAGUGGGGCGGGCUUGAUUGUGGGCCUGUACGUCUACUGCGGCCUGCUCAACGUCGUCUUGACCAUCGUCGUGCUCACCGACGGCGACGAGCGGGACGUCUACUCGUGGUUCCUGGCCAUCCCGUUCCUCUUCCUCCACGCCCGCGGGGUCAAGUCGUGCGUGGUGGCCCUCGUCGCCGUGUGCGUGCAGACCACCCUCCUCCGCUACCUCCGCCACAGCUGCGGCUUCACGGCCUUUGUUCAGCCCAUGGCCUUCCGCCAGACGGUCCUAGGCGGGUCGUACUGCGACAUAUUCCUGUGGAUCCUGCUCACGACGCUCUCGGCGUGCCAUCACCACGCGCGCGUGCAAGCCACGAAGCGCCUGCGAGCCGCGCUCAAGGAGAAGGACGUCAUCAACGCCGAGCUGCGGCGGGCCACGCAGGCCAAGUCCGACUUCCUCGCCAACAUGUCCCACGAGCUGCGCACACCGAUGCAUGGCAUCAUCGCCAUGAGCCGCGAGCUGCAGGACAUGAUCGACCCCUCGUCCAACGUGAACGACGCCAUUGACAUCAUCUCCAACCAUCUGCUGUCGCUGGUGAACGACAUCCUCGAUUUCGAGCGCAUCGAGUGCAACCAAAUGCAGCUCGAAAACAUCCCCUUCUCGAUCGUGGCCGAGGCCCAGAAGGCCGUCCACCUGCUACAGAUCACCGCCGACAAGAAGGGCAUAAACCUCUGUUUCCAGAAGCAGGUGGUGCACGCGCUACAUCUCGGCGACCCGCUUCGCUUCCGGCAAGUCCUGUUCAACCUGCUCUCCAACGCCUGCAAGUUCACGCCGAGCAAGGGCUCCGUGUCGGUGCGCAUCUACAACGACGAAGAGCACCCGGAGGAGGUCGUGGCGUCGGUGUCGGACACCGGCAUCGGCAUCAAGCAAGACAGCCUAAAGCUGCUCUUCGCGCCAUUUUCACAGCUGGACUCGUCGGUCUGCCGCAAGUUCGGCGGUUCCGGCCUCGGCCUGGCCAUCAGCCGGCAGCUGUGCCACGCCAUGGGCGGCUCGAUCGAGUGCGAGAGCCAGCUCGGCCACGGCUCCACCUUCACGUGUCGCUUUACACUGCCGGUGGUGGACGAGGACUCCAGCGAGGCAACAGAGUAUCUAUCAGCGCUCGCGCACGACACCGACCAGACCACAAACUGCCUGUUCGGCCACCUGGACGUGCUGUUGGUGGAGGACAACGCAAUCAACCAGAAGGUGGGCCUGCGCAUGCUCUCCACGCUCGGCUGCAACACCACGGUGGCGAACAACGGGGAAGAGUGCCUCGAGCUUCUGACUCAGAACCUGAACGAGAGCCCCUUCGACAUCGUGCUCAUGGACUGCCAGAUGCCUGUAAUGGACGGAUUCGAGGCCACCCAGCGCAUACGGCGGAUGGGAGUGGAGCGGCACGGCCGGCCCAUCACCAUCGUGGCCCUCACCGCCUCAGCAACCAAGCGAUGUCUCGAGGUGGGCAUGUCCGACGUGCUCUUCAAGCCGCUCCGGCGCGAGGACCUCGUGGCCGCCUUGCGGAAGUGGACACCGGACACCCCGCUGGCGAAUGCCUCUGCCUCUGCUUCUCCGCCGCCCUCCUCGCCGCCGCCCUCCUCGCUCCAGCUCCGCCGGCGGUCCGAGAUCCUACCGACCCGAUCGGAGGUGGCCUAG